AAAUAAAGUACACGUUCUGUAUAAGACCACUAAAAUGAAAUGGAAGGACUGUUUAAUAAUUGUUUCUCAAGCUGGUAAAUUAGCUUACACACUUUACGCUUUCAGUGCCUGUCAUGCCUAACACCUCUGUCGUCAAAAAUAUUGUCGCAGCCAGAUUUGGUUCUCCCAAAAAAUUUUAACGUUUUAUGCGUUCCAGGCAUGCCUCUAAUUAGGCAGAAAACAAAUUUUAGCAAGUCUUAUAUAGCUGUCACUUAACUCAAACACCCAACCUUUCUCCGCACAUCAACCUUAACGUGCUUUCCUUUACCCCCAAAUUUAAUCUCGGCGCAAUAUUGAAGAGGUUAUGAAAUACCGGACCUUCGAGGAUUUGCACACGCAAGAGCGCUAACGUCAUUGGGAAUACUUUGUGUACUUUUGUAAUCUCUUCGCGUUCUUUUGAACGCGGGGCGGAUCGCGUGCCCUAUCUUCGGCUCUUUCAUUCCUAAUAAUCAGUUUAUUUCUCUAGGACACCAGGAGAACAAGCAUGCGUACAAAGUAGUCGAGCGCCUCUAGCAUCUCAAACAGCUUCAUCGUAAAAUACAAAGAAAUGUGCUUGCUGGAGAACUAAACUUGAAUGCGAUUUCACUCGCUCACUAUAGACUCAUUUCCGAAUCGCCCGCAUCUCGGAAGUAAAUAUUUUCUUUCAAUGGGGGGCACAUACGUUUUCGGUCAAACUAUCUUGACUUUCUGCGCAGAACUGCACGCACAGGUAUGCUUCUCUUGGUGCUCAUGUACUCCCUGUGUUUGACAAUGGGCGUUUCUCUGACCGUAUGGUUUCGUGGCUGCGACCCUGGGCUGCUCGGCGUCAUCAAAAGCAUUGACCAAAUUCUGCCCUACUAUAUUAACACAUACUUGGUGCACAUACCCGGUUUUCUAGGCCUAUUUCUUGCUGGAGUCGUCUGUGCUGCCACAAGCACAAUAUCUUCGACAAUCAAUUCUCAGGCGACUAUAAUAUAUGUCGACGUCAUAUCUCCUCACUGCAAGAACGCUGACCAACACGUGUUAUGGAUUACGCGAUGCACAGUCCUAAUUUUAGGCGUCAUCAUGACCGUUUACAGUACCCUCUGCGUAUACAUGGGAUCUUUGACAAGGCUGUUUAUAAUGGUGUACGCUUCGAUCACAGCGCCUUUUGUGGGGUUAUGUCUGUUGGCUGCCCUGUUUCCUUUCGUUCAUUCUAAGGGUGCCGGAGUUGCGACAUCUGUCACAGCAGCAUUCCAACUUUGGCACAUGACACAAGUAAUACGAAUCGGAAAAACGCCUCCGAGAAUGCCCGUGUCACUGGAUUACUGUCCCGGAAAUCAUACUUCAGACACCACAUCGUCGAACACCAGCCCCGUUUUGGAAAGCAACGAAUCCGUCGCACCGUUCUUCCUGCUUCGUCUGUCCCCCAUGUGGAGCAGUCUUUUUGCGAUUCUUGCUACUAUAUUCAUCGGCGUUCUGGUGAGCGCUAUCACGGGCGAAAUUAAGAAAAACCAAGCACAGUCUUCGUUAUGUAGCGACGCUCUCGUUCGAUUUUGGCGAAAGCUGUCCAAGCCAACCGAAGAAAGCAAAAUUGUGGUGCGCCGAAGCAGCAGCAGUUGCUUUUCACGGCAAUGCCAGGUUACAUUGACAAGUUCCGAAGGAGCAGCGCAGUGCGUGCCUGAGGCUGAGAACCUUCUCGUGUUAAAGGAGGACUCUCAAGUUUAGCCAAGCGCUCAGUGAACUCCGCUGACUAACACAGAAGCGACGAAUACCUGUAAAUUUCUAAAUUUUUCUUGCCUUCCGAUGACUACUGGCAAUAUCAAAUAAAAGCAUCACUGUCAGA